AUGCCGUCGAGAAAAACGAGUAAAGGAGCAUACCCGAAAUCAUCGACUCAACAUAACCUCAACGUAACACCAAGAAAUUGCAAUGCGUGCAAUGAGCCAGACUCCAUUGACGAUCAGGUCGAGUGCGAGAAAUGUUUAGCAUGGUACCAUUUCCAAUGUGCCGGAGUAAACGAAUCUGUAAAAAAUCACAGUUUCGUUUGUGCUGAGUGCAACUCACAAGUUCCGGUCGGGUCAUCAAGUUGUCACUCUGGCAAAUCCAACACAUCGAGUGCAAGAGCGCUCCGAAUGCAGAUUGAGCUUCAACGUAUGGAAGAGGAGAAAUUAUUACGCGAAAAGUUACUUCGCGAGCGGACGGAGGAAGAAAGGAGUAUGCAGGAAAAGGAGAAUGCGUUACAUGAGAAGAUUCUUCGGCAGGAAAAAGAAAGGAGAGCGAAGGAAAUGCAGGAAAGGCAGAGCAUCGAAGCGGAGCACAUAGCGAAGCGGUUUGAUAUUAUGCUCAGUCUCGUGGAGGAAAAACAUGGGAGCGAAGGCUCAAAAAGUUGUGUAACAAGCAGGAGCGGCGUAAGCAAGGUAAAGCAGUGGUUAAAUACCCAGCCGGCUACGACUUCGGAAACGAUCUCCGGGAGCAAAAUUACCCCGAUCGUUAUCCCGUCUGCCGAUGAAGAGAUAACCAAACACGUCAGCCAGAUGCAGCAACUCGAUAUGUUUAUUUCACCACAGAAGAAGGCAAUUGUCAACGAAGAAGUACCAAACUUUGACAUUUCUUCUUAUGCUCCAGCCAAUGCGAUGGUGCAGCCACAGGUGCAACCACAGCCACACAUUCCGGAUUUCUUGAAACCAGGAUUCAUACAUGCAGGUUUAACAGCGAAUGUUUUGUCAACGGAACAGGCGAAGCUGUGCAAAACGGCUCUUCAAGUGGAGUCUCAUCAACAUUCGUCGAAGUUAUUCAACCAACAACGUUCCCAGCGUGAUGAUCAAUCGUGUUCGCAGCCGCCUCGAGGGGAUCCUGUCACCACAAAGGAAGAUUGUCAACCGAGGAUUUCUACAGCAUGGCGUCCCCCACUCCCAACGUACAAUAAGCACCAGCAAUCCAUACAUGAGGUAAUGCCAGUAAUGCAGACGGUUAUCAAGCCAGUCGAAUCUGCACAAUCGUCGGGGGUUUUCUCAUUGCAUAGUGAGAAUGGGAAAUCAACUCUCUUCCGCUUAAUUCCCGUAACUAUUUAUGGACAGCAUGUUCAUGUCGACACAUUCGCUUUCAUGGAUGAUGGAUCUGAAUUAACGCUGAUGGACGAACGCCUCGCAGACCAGCUUGAUAUUAAAGGGCAGGUUAGCCCUCUCAGUAUGCAGUGGACUAGCGACAUUACUCGUACAGAAUCAGAUUCGAGGAUCAUGCAGAUCAAAAUAUCCGGCCGUAAAUCCAACAGGCAGUAUCAACUGAAGGACGUUCGCACCGUAACUAAUUUGAAUCUUCCGUCGCAAACUCUUUCGUUCAGCGAAUUGCAGAAGCGUUUUAAUCAUUUGCGUGGACUUCCGAUGGAGAGUUAUAGCAACGUGACACCUCAACUUUUAAUCGGUCUCAACAAUACUCAUCUCAGUACUGCUCUGAAAUUUAGAGAAGGCACAAGUGGUGAACCAGUGGCUACUAAAUCAAGGCUCGGAUGGUCGGUUCAUGGGAAUUUAUCAGGUAUUCAACGAGUGCAACGCGAUCAUCAUCAUGUUCAAGUCUGCAGACAAUCGUCUUCGAUAACGUCAAAUGAAAAAUUACAUGAAAUGGUGCAGAACUUUUUCAACGUUGAAAGUGUGGGAGUUUCCGUAGUUCCUCUUUUGGAAUCAGCCGAUGAUGAACGAGCUAGAAGUAUAUUAAAGAAUACCACUGUUCGAACAUCCAGUGGACGUUAUGAGACCGGACUUCUUUGGCGCUAUGAUUUCAUCGAAUUUCCAGAAAGCUGGCAAAUGGCUGAACGUAGACUCCAGUGUUUGGAGCGACGACUAAGUGCCAAUCCUGAACUGUACGAAAAUGUGAGAAAGCAAAUAACAGAAUAUGAGAUCAAAGGAUAUGCGCAUAAGGCUACUGAAGAAGAGCUACGCACAGCCGACUUACGUCGCGUGUGGUACCUUCCCUUAGGCGUCGUUAUGAACACUAAAAAACCAGACAAAGUUCGUAUCGUGUGGGAUGCAGCAGCGAAGGUAGACAACGUUUCCUUUAAUAGUAUGAUGCUCAAGGGACCUGACUUGCUUUCAUCCCUUAUUGGUGUGAUAUUCCGGUAUCGUCAACGACAGAUCGCCGUAAACGGCGAUAUUAAAGAAAUGUUUCACCAGAUACGCAUUCUAGAAAACGACUGUCAGUCGCAGCGGUUUUUAUGGAGAAGCGAUCGAUCACUUCCUAUCGACAUUUAUAUUAUGAACGUAGCUACGUUCGGAUCGACCUGCUCGCCAUGUAGUUCACAGUAUGUGAAGAACCUCAACGCACAAGAAUACGAGAAACAGUAUCCACGAGCGUCUUAUGCUAUCCAGAGGAAUCAUUAUGUGGACGACUAUCUGGAUAGCUUUGAUAGCAUUAGCGAAGCAAUAGAGGUUGCGAAGGAAGUGAAACUAGUUCAUGCUAAGGCAGGGUUUGAAAUGCGAAAAUGGCUUUCGAACUCAACAGAAGUGACAGAAAAAGUUGGUGGAAUAGUAACGGAAUUCUGUAAAUCUUUCACUAGUAAUGAGAGUGAGCGUGUUUUAGGCCUGGUAUGGUAUCCAGAAGAGGAUGUUUUCCGCUUUUCUCUGCUGAUUCGCGAAGACUUGGUUACGAUUAUUGAAGGGAAUGUCAUUCCAACCAAACGUGAAGCACUACGACUAGUUAUGAGCCUUUUUGAUCCACUCGGUUUGAUAACUAUGAUCACCGUACAUGGAAAGGUGAUUAUCCAAGACAUAUGGAGGUCUGGUAUAGGAUGGGAUGAAAAAUUAUCUUCGGAAUUAUUUUGUCGCUGGAAAUGUUGGACAAAGGUGUUAACGAACCUUGAAGAAAUCAAAAUUCCACGUUGUUAUUUCCCUCACUACGAUCAGCAUAGCUAUAACACGCUAGAGUUGCAUACUUUCGUCGACGCAAGCGAGUCAGCAUACGCAUGUGUAGCGUAUUUCCGAAUAGUGCAAAACGGUGUAGUAAGAUGCGCAUUGGUGUCGUCAAGAAGUAAAGUGGCUCCACUUAGAUCAACAUCCAUACCAAGACUAGAACUGCAAGCUGCUGUCAUUGGAGUACGCUUAGCAAGAUCUAUUGCCAAGGAACACACGAUUAACAUCACACGUAGAAUAUUUUGGACAGAUUCCAGCACGGUGUUGUCCUGGAUACACUCCGAUCACCGCCGCUACAAGCAAUAUGUAGCCUUCAGAAUCAGCGAGAUUUUGAGUGAGUCAAGCGUGACAGAAUGGAAAUGGGUCCCAACGCGGAAGAAUGUUGCGGAUGAAGCGACUAAAUGGAAUAAAAAUAACUUCUACAGCCCCAGCUCGCGAUGGUUCACAGCUCCAGAGUUUCUUUAUGAAGCGGAAGAAAACUGGCCUCGACAACAUCCACUACAAACGCAGACUACCGAAGAAAUAAAAGUAAUCCACCAUCACAGAGAAAGUACGGGAAAUUGUAUGAUCACCUUUGAACGUUUUUCGAAGUACGAGCGACUUGUGAGAUCAGUAGCGUAUAUUCAUCGAUUUGUAGAAAUAAGUCGUAAAGUGACGUCGUCAGAGAAUAAACCAAAUGGACUUACACGAGAGAAUCUACGAGAAGCAGAAACAACAAUUUGGAAACUUGUUCAACAAGAAUCUUAUGCUGUUGAAAUUGAAAUAUUAAAGAAAUGUGUUAACGAUCAACAGAAGCACAUACGUCUGGGGAAGAAGAGUCCGCUCUACAAACUCUCUCCAUUUAUCGAUGAUUGUGGAGUCGUUCGUAUGGACAGUCGCCUAAAUAACGCUCUAUGUGUGCCCAGCGAAACUAGAAAUCCUAUUAUCUUGCCGAAAAAUCACUACGUAACGAAUCUGUUAGUCCACUCGUACCAUCGUCGAUUGGGACACAGUUGCAAUGAAACUGCGGUUAAUGAGCUCCGACAAAAGUUCCGUAUUCCUAGCCUUCGUACAGUGGUUCGUAAAGUAGCGAAAAAUUGUGCAUGGUGUCGCAUCUACAAAACCCAGCCGGCUAUCCCUCGUAUGGCCCCGCUGCCUCUAAUUCGUCUGUCACCGUAUAUACGACCUUUCACGUUCGUCGGUUUGGACUAUUGUGGACCGUUUCUAAUACGGGUUGGUCGAUCCACCGUUAAGCGAUACGUUGCUCUCUUCACGUGCAUGACGAUAAGGGCAGUACACCUUGAAGUAGCGCAUGCUCUCUCCACAGAAUCCUGUAAACUCGCCAUCAGGCGAUUCAUAGCCAGACGAGGAUCACCUCAGAAGAUUUAUAGUGAUCAAGGCACAAAUUUUCAAGGAGCAAGAGGUGAAUUACUUGUAGAGCUACGCAAUAUCAACAGAGAAUUAGCUGGGACAUUCACGAAUUCUCUAACUCAAUGGCAUUUCAAUCCACCGGCAGCUCCCCAUAUGGGAGGAAUUUGGGAGCGGAUGGUGAGAUCCGUGAAAACUGCGCUAUCAGCUUUGGCUGCUCCCAGAAGACCAGAUGACGAAUCGUUCCUAACAGUAUUGACAGAAGCCGAGUCAAUUGUAAAUUCGCGACCGCUGACAUAUAUUCCUUUAGCCAAUGAAAACCAGGAAUCACUAACACCCAACCAUUUCCUACUGCUGAGUUCCACUGGCGUCGUUCAAACUACAAAGCUGCCUACAGAGGAAAGAACGACAUUAAGAAAUAACUGGAACUAUGUGCAAUAUGUCUUGGAUCAGUUUUGGAAGCGCUGGAUAAAUGAAUACCUUCCAACUAUAGCCGAUCGGAAUAAGUGGUUCGAAGAGGUCACGCCUAUCAAAGUUGGUGACCUUGUGGUAGUCGUCGACGAAGCUAUUCGAAACAGCUGGAUACGGGGACGUGUGGCAAGAGUGUAUCCUGGAAAGGAUGGACGGGUGCGCAGGGCUGAUAUCAAGACAAAAUCUGGUAUACUUCAGAGACCGGUGACAAAAAUUGUGGUGCUCGAUGUCUCAACAAGUGGUAUGGCUGAACCUCAGAAUUCUUCAAGUGACCAGCAAUACGGGGUGGGGGAUGUUACCGACGAUCACCACCGAGAUGGCAACCCGGCUGUAGACUUGCCACAAGGGUAA